CGCUGCCGAAGCCACGGUAGCUGUUGAGGAAUGGAUACCCAAGGUUGAGUCAGCGGCCCGAACGACUGCCAGCCAGGAUCGUGAACCUUCGUUGUCGGAGAUGUGCAAAAUAUCAGUGGAAGCCAUGGCGAUGUCGGAAAUGAAUGUCGGGGGAAAGAAUGCGAAUCAAGGUUUCAUAGCGAUGUUGUGCAGCAGAGUCGAACCAUUGCAUACUUCCCUUGCCGAGGCCCGUUCCGAGACUGAUGAUGAGCUUGUGAAAGAGGAAACGAAGAAGAUGAAGAAGAAACGCUUUAGGCUUUUUUCGGGGAAUUCUUUCCGGAAGUUAUGA